GGCGCCGAGCGGCCCCGAGCGGCCGAGUCCCGCGGGCGCCCGCACCUGCCGUUUGCCCGAGGAGCGCAGCCCGCCACCGUCGGUCCCAGCGGCCGCGGCGGAGCCGACCCGGCAGGUGGCCGUGGGCAGGGCCGACCCCCGUGGGCCGGGACGCGAUGGCAGCGGCGGAGCCCGCGGGCUCGGGGCAGCAGGCGCCGCAGGGCCAGGCCCAGGGUCAGCGGCCGCAGCCGCAGCCUGCCCAGGCGCAGGCGUCGCAGCCACCGCCGCAGCUCGGGGGCGUCGGGGGCGGGAGCAGCAGGCACGAGAAGAGCCUGGGGCUGCUAACCACCAAGUUUGUGUCGCUGCUGCAGGAGGCCAAGGACGGCGUCCUGGAUCUCAAGGCGGCUGCAGAUACACUGGCUGUGAGGCAAAAAAGAAGAAUUUAUGAUAUCACCAAUGUCUUAGAAGGAAUUGAUUUGAUUGAAAAAAAAUCGAAAAAUAGUAUCCAGUGGAAAGGUGUAGGUGCUGGCUGUAAUACUAAAGAAGUUAUAGAUAGAUUAAGAUUUCUUAAAGCUGAAAUUGAAGAUCUAGAACUGAAGGAAAGAGAACUUGAUCAGCAGAAGCUGUGGCUACAGCAAAGCAUCAAAAAUGUGAUGGACGACUCCAUUAAUAACAGGUUUUCCUAUGUGACUCAUGAAGACAUUUGUAAUUGCUUUAAUGGUGAUACACUUUUGGCCAUUCAGGCACCUUCUGGUACACAGUUGGAAGUACCUAUUCCAGAAAUGGGUCAGAACGGACAAAAGAAAUACCAGAUAAAUUUAAAGAGUCAUUCAGGACCUAUCCACGUGCUGCUUAUAAAUAAAGAGUCCAGUUCCUCUAAGCCUGUGGUUUUUCCCGUUCCUCCACCUGAUGACCUCACACAGCCUUCCUCACAGUCCUCGACUCCAGUGACUCCACAGAAACCCAGCAUGGCAGCUCAGAACCUGCCUGAGCAACAUGUCUCUGAAAGAAGCCAGAACCUCCAGCAGAUAUCAGCUACAGAAAUAUCUUCAGCAGGAUCUAUUAGUGGAGAUAUCAUUGAUGAGUUAAUGUCUUCUGAUGUGUUUCCUCUUUUACGGCUUUCUCCUACCCCAGCAGAUGACUACAACUUUAAUUUAGAUGAUAAUGAAGGAGUUUGUGAUCUGUUUGAUGUCCAGAUACUAAAUUACUAGAUUCCAUGGAAACUUGGGACUGGUUAUCUACCUCUAACUAUGUAACAUUUUAGACUUCUUAAUAACCUAAGUAUUUAAAAUA